AUGAAACUCUCCUUCUCUCUUUCCUCAUCAAAGAAUUCAUCAAAACCCUCAAAAUCCUCAUUCAGUUCUUCACGGGAUCACAAUGAUCAAUCCCCGGAAAAGGAAUUCCUCACAGAGUUCGAUUCAUCCAUAACCCUAGCCGAUUCCAUUUCCAAAAGAACUAUCGUUAUUCCCCCAAUUGCCAACGAAUGGAACCCGCAAAAGCAAACGACGAACAUCGAUAUACACAUCAAAUCCAACGACCCAAAUCUUGAAUUCGAAGUAGACACCAACUCUGCUGAAGAACCCAUCGACUCCAACAUCUCCUAUGGUCUCAAUCUCCGUACGAAGAAAGCUUCCCGUUUUGAUAAGGACCCGGAAGUUGAUCGGUCGGAAUCAUUGUCGUCGAUUAAUCGUUUGAUGUUGAUGAAAUUGAGAAGUGAUUUGAAGAGUUUGCCGGAUGAUAGAGGAUUAGAUGAGUUCGAUGAUGUUUCAGUUGAAGAGUUUGCACCUGCAUUGUUGAAAGGAUAUGGAUGGUAUGAAGGGAGAGGGAUUGGGAAGAAUGCAAAAGAAGACGUUAAGGUGUUUCAGUUUACAAAAAGGACUGCAAAACAAGGGUUAGGCACCAUCACCCACCACCACCACAACCCACCACAACCAUCAUCCACCCCUCACCACCCACCUCCACCACCCACCCACCAUAAUCACCACCACCCCCACUACCACCAACCACCAACCACCACCACCCAUUAUCACCACCCCCACCCACCCGCCAUAAUCACCACAACCUGCCACCACCCCCACCACCCACCACCACCACCAACCAUCACCACCGACCACCACCAUCCAUCACCACCACCCGCCACCAUCACUCCCACCACAACCAUCACUCACCCACCACCACCACCCACCUCCACCACCACCCACCAUAAUCACCACCACCCCCCCCACACCACCAACCACCCACCACCCCCCACUACCACCAACCACCAACCACCACAACCACCACCACCCAUUAUCACCACCCCCACCCACCCACUCAUCACUUCCACAUGCCUCCACCACCGAUCACUACCACCCACCACCACCACCCCACCCAUCCACCUACCACCUAUCACCACUACCCAUCACCACCUCCCGCCAUCACCAUCCCCACCCACCACCCACCAAGACCACCACCACCUACCACCAUCACCACCUACCACCGACCACCACCACGAAGACCCAUCACCACCACCCACCUAUACCACCCAUCCCUAUAACCUGCCACCACCACCCCACCUAUCACCCACCAAAACCACCAUACACCACCACCACCCGUCACCACCACCCCCACCACCACUAUCACCACCACCGGUCUCCAACACCCAUCACCACCACUCGCCACCACCACCCACCACCCACUAUAAUCACCACCCACCACCUUAA